UACCACUUCCAAAUCAAUCCAUUACAAUUUGAUCCGGUUUUUCUUUUUACACAGAUUUUAUAUCAUUGUUCACAGAGGCGGAAAUCCGAUGGUGUUCAUUGGCACUUAGUGCGCUGUAUUGGCGGUCAGAUCAUUGCGGGAGCGUUUGUCAGCUUGCGGUUCCGUCGGGGCAACAGUACCACACAUACAGUAUGCUAUCUGCUGCGUGUCAUCCCGUGUAUAAUUUACCUUAUGCUUGUGUUCCAAUGUCGCUCUAUGACUCCGAAUUUGAUACCACCAUUUUUUCACAACUGGGGAAAAUUUUUCUUACAGUACCUUGAGAUUGCGAAAAUGGUUCUGAUUGUGGCUAUUACAGGAACGACAUUAGUUCCGGGUAAUAGGUUCGGAAACUGCCUUUAUCAGAUGGAUACUAUCGCAUCAAUUUGUAUAGGCUGUGCAUGGUUGACGUUUCCGAAGUGGUUGUUGCAUAAGCAGGUUAUGGUAUCGUUAGAUGAAUCACAUGAACUCUGUGGUCGGAUCAUGGGUGGACUUUUCGUGACAUCUUACAUAGUGUCAGCACACGCUCUACACUGGACGAGCAAUGCCGACAAAAUGGUGACGGUGGAUGGUCGAGUAGUGUGCUGCCUAUGCAUACUGUCGGCUCAAGUAUGGUCACAAAUCGCAUACACAGACUCGUGGUCCGGCGGUCAUUGGGUAGGGAUCACUUUGUUCUCCACAUGGACCCUUAGUUCUAUUGUUUAUCGCCUUACUCUUUAUUUUACAUCUAAGCCAAUAACAAAGAAUGCGUAG